ACAACUUCAAGCAAGUUCGGUAACGACACAAGUCAGCAAGUAAUCUGAAGCGGACUGCAUCCGUGGACAGUCAAAGGGGUGUGCGCCCCGGUUAUUUGGAUACAAUUGUGAUUAUUAUAUUUGACAAUAAACCUUAAUUUAUACUAUAUGAAUUGGAAAUAAUACGUGAUAGAGAUAUGGGUGGAUUACUCAGUUAUUUUCGUAAUUUACUCGGCAGCCGGGAGAUGCGGAUUUUAAUUCUAGGCUUAGAUGGAGCCGGAAAAACUACGAUCUUGUACAGAUUGCAGGUUGGUGAAGUGGUUACAACAAUACCUACCAUAGGAUUUAACGUAGAACAGGUUACAUAUAAAAAUUUAAAAUUUCAAGUAUGGGAUCUGGGAGGUCAAACUAGUAUACGACCAUAUUGGAGGUGUUAUUACUCAAACACGGAUGCAAUAAUUUAUGUUGUGGAUUCUGCAGACAAGGAUAGGAUAGGCAUAUCAAAAGAUGAAUUAAUUUAUAUGUUGAGGGAAGAAGAAUUGCAAAGUGCUAUUUUAGUGGUCCUGGCAAAUAAACAAGAUAUGGCAGGAUGUUUAAGUGUUGCAGAGGUGCAUCAAGCACUAGGAUUAGAUGCUCUUAAAAACAGAACAUUCCAAAUCUUUAAAACAUCUGCAACAAAAGGUGAAGGACUUGAUCAAGCAAUGGACUGGUUGUCAAAUGCACUGCAAAGUAGAAAAUGAUUAAUAUUAUUAAAAAAAUUUUCUACCCAAGCCUUAUUAAGGAGACUAGUCAUAUGACUGUCAAAUUAAACGACCCACGCAGAGAUGGGCACUUCAUUCUGUCUAUUUAUUACAACUAUAUUUUAAAUAGCCUUACGAAUUCUAUCGGAAGGCGAUUCUAUAAUUUGUCACGAUUUUCGUAAUGUGAAGCAAGGAAUAAAAGUACCAAAAAUUUUAUCUUUCUACACAACUUGAAAUAAAGUAAACAUAGAGAUUUGUUUAA